CGCAUUAUAAAUGUAGCGCUACCCUCGAGUUUGUAAGUUUGGAUGCAAAUCUUGUUUUCAUCAUAUAAUUAUGUGAAAUGAGGUAGUGUCAACCUCAUAUGAAUAAUCGUUUUUGGUAAGAAUUCACCCCGGAGACUAUAAAUGUCUUUGAGGAACCUAAUUUCUCCAUAACAAACCUAAAAGUUUCUUCCAUAGAAUAUAAUUCCGCACUGUUUCCAAAUAAAUGCAAUCUGUUCAUUUUCCUCGUUAUAUCUUCGGUAUACCUUAUCUAAUAAUUUCAUACAGUGUGUUUUAACUCUGCAAAUGUCUUAAAUUUAAAUUUUUAUGUUUGCAGAGUUAAUUCAUCUGAGUUGUGAAAAAAAUAUGACACUCCCCAAUAAAGGCAGUUUUCUGUACAGACUAAAUCAUCUCCAGAGUCUAUAAAACCAUACUUAUACCGACUAAGAGCAUAUGGCAGUCUACUAUUGAGUAAUAAUAGGAUGACGAUUGGUACAAUAUUGUACGCAUUUUCUCAUUUUAGAGACUUCAUCUAAAUAAUAUUAUUUAGAUGAAGUCUCUAAAAUAAGAAAAUACGUAUCAGUCGAAGAAAGGGUUUGAAAUUCGAUAUAGCGAAGAAUGUUUUCCGAUGAGAAGUUAGUUAGUUGAUUUUCCACCAGAGAAAUAUGUAGAGAGUGACAAAAAAUAACUGCAUGUCGCAUGACGUUCAACCAGUAAAAUUCACAAGCAGACAUACCUUAGUUUGGAGUAUGUGUUUGUCAAUGCAAUCUCCGAUGUUGUGAAAAUUUUAUUCGGAUGCACCACCGAUGUCUUUUCCAAUUCGCAAUAUCUUGUUGCAAAUGAUAAAAAUCCUAAAUACAGCAACUAAAUAAUCUAACAUUAGAACUUAUUACAUGUGAUAACUUUUUAUGAGAAACAUCCCUUUGCAGCUAAUUAGUCUGGUAUUCCAUAAAAAUCUCGAUUCCGGAAUGAAUUUAAUCACACGUCAUUAAAACCAUAGGAUUGUGUAUCAGUUUACUUCAAACUUUGGGUAUUAAAUGUGUUAGUGCUGACACCAUAAGCGAUAAAAAAUUCCUCGCAGGUGCAAAUACUCUAAUACUCAGCCCUAGUGUAUGCAUAUGUAAGUGCUCAUUUUUGAAAGUCUUCCGUGUCGAAUUUAUUUGAACUUGGUCUGAAUGCUUAACUUUCAUCGCAUUGCUUAAUCGUCAUUUUUCAUUUGUUUAUUUCAUACAAUUUUUUGGGGUAUCUAACUCAUCAAGAUUCUUUAGAUAUGAGUUUGAUUAGAUAAUAAAUGCAAAAUUAUACCGGAGAAAGCCAUGUAUUGAGGACAGUGUAAAAGAUAAAUAACUUAUUGAUGAAUUCCAUAACUGCUUUUAUUAUUGUAUCAUAUUUUUCUCAUUAGUUUACUCUUGUUUUUGAAUAGAGGAAAUACACAUAAAUCCCCCAUUGAGGACGUUUGCCGAUGAGCUAAUUUUCAUUAACAUAUAUAAGUGAACUGUUGUGUUUUCUAGAGACACGAUGAUCGGGGAUUAUUAUUUGCAAAUAUAAACAUUUUGAAUUUGUUACGUUUUAAAUGGAGCUUCAAAACUGCUAAUAUAUUUCUAUGUAGAUUGCGAUUUUACUAUUACUACAAUUCAAUUACUUGUUAGAAUUAGCACAAAGUUACUUGCGAAUGUCACUUUUGGUUAUCUAUUGUUAAGUCAACGCCUUCAAUCUAAUCUUACUUAUAUGCGGGCUCUGCACAAUACCAGGGAUAAAUUAUCUCUAAAAUUCAUUCACUAUUUGAUUUUAAAUUAUGUGCAUUCCAUUGUUUAUCUUUAACCCAUAUUUCUAGUAUCUUCCCUUGCGCUGCUGACUCCAAUGUAGCAGCUUGUAAAUUCUACAUAAAUCGUCAAUGAAUAGUAGUUGUGUCAUUGGUAGUGACAGUUUCACCUCAAAGCUGCUGAAAUGUUGGACGGAGUUUCUGUCGGUGCGCAAAUCACUUUGCAGAGAACCUGAUGACCAAAAUUAUUCAGAAAUUUUAAAAGAAUUCACGGAAGCUGAAAUUACAAAUGUUAUUCGUGUGACGCUUAAUGACCUUAUUUCACCUUCCAACACCAAGUCCGUAGACUCCCAUGAAGUAAUAGCAUACUACUUUUUCAAAGCUCUGCUUAUUUCUGACAAAAACAUAGAAAAUGAAUCAGGAGAUUCAGUAACAGAUGAAGUUGAAGAAAACUCCCAGACAGUCAUCGUUUUCAGGGAGACAUUUUAUACGGAACUCUUUUCCAAAAUUGAUUGUAUCCUCGAGAUACUCUUGAAAGAAGUGUCGAGCAAUGCAAUGAAACAUCCAGUUAGCUGCAUGUGCGUUGCUAUUGGACUUAUUUCUGAUUUAAUAAAGGAUCCUUCUUUAACUUCUCUAUCACUUUUUCAUCUCGAAGAAAUGUGGCAUAAAUUUGGUGCAUUUAUCAAAAAACUUGUUGAACAUAUUAUGGUAAAUCAAAACGGUAUUGCGAAUAGUGAUCAGGAUGUUUUCCUAUUCGAUAUUUUUCGUCUCUGGAGGUCAUCUCUAAAGGCGUACGCUGAGAUUGACAAUCAAGGGAUGAAGGGUACAGAGACUUCUGCAUUUACUGUGUUAUUGGAUGUCAUACAUGUCUGCUUAGUUGAACAUUUUAGAGUAUAUUCUAAGUGUUCUAUUGAAGUGCCAUCAUCAUCAUCAUCAUUGUGGUCAAACUAUCUUGUACGUAGCCUACAUACUGUGUAUAAACUUGUAAAUAAUUCAGAUCAUUUAUGGAUUCAUAAUUUAUAUCCUACUGUGGACACAAUUAUAUAUGAAUUAUUAUCGUCAUACACUUCUUGUCCAAGCAAGUCCAACACUUCUAGUCCUUGUUCUUCAGUGUCUUACAACAGUCUAGUCAAUUAUUUAACUUCUAUAAUGAAAACUCGAAAAGCUCAAGGUUUCAAUGAGGUAGCUGUAUUUGAAAUAGACGCAGGAUUACCUUUGCGUAUUAUAAUUCUUUGUGGACUGGAAAGCAUUUCAAAAUUAGAUUCAAAUAACCCACGAUUUUGGUCUUCACUGAGCUUUCUUCAUAAGCUGAUAUUAGACAUGGAGUUGUACCAACCUAGUACUGAUCAUCACAUUUAUGAAGAUUCAAUCAUUGCUUUACUGUCCGAGGAUGAUUCACAACUUUUUCGUGCUUUGGAUUUAUGGAUACAAAUUGAAGAUCGUGCAGUGUCUGCUGACGAGUUAUCCAAUAGAACUACUGCCAAUUAUAUUCCCAAUGCUCACUGGUUAUUUGCAUCAUUAGCAAAAUCUAUUGAUUUUUCAUCCUAUCUGUUUGUUGAUUGGUUGAUUUCGCCUGAAACUACUUGCUUAUCUUAUUUAGUACAUUAUCUUAGGAGAAUUUGUGCUGAAAAUCAAAAUGUUCAUCAGCCUUUAGAAUAUUCUUUGAAAAAUGCAAUUCUAUUACAUUCAUGGCCAUUAGAACAAUUAACAAAUAUGUUAGGUCAAAUUGCCAAGUGUCUUAAAACAUUAAAUGAAAGUGAAGCGAUUGCAUUUUGUCCAAAACCGCUUAUUAAUCGUAUUAAUUAUUGUUUAUUGAUUUUGAAUAAUAUUUACAGCAUACAGCAUAGCACUGAUACAUUAAUUCCUUCCAGAUAAUAUUCUUGAUUUACU